AUGGACUUAAGCAAAUUGCGGGUACCAGACUUGUUACUUCUGCUGGAAGAACUUGGAGGUAGCGCUGGGCAGGCAAAACGGAAACCCCAAAUCAUUGAGCUUAUCCGGGGAAUUGGAGCCGAUGAUGAGGAACUAACGGAAUGUUGGCAGUUGAUUCUUGAAAGAAAAGAGAAGGAAGAAGCUGCAAAACAGGAGCGCGUUGAAAAGGAAAAACGCGAUCAUGAGCUCACUGUGAAAAGAUUGGAGUUAGAGAGACUCAGGUUGGAGGCUGAAAGUUCCGGACGUGUUGUAGGCAGAAGCGCGAACAGUGAGCGAAUCAAAAUCAAAGAUCUGCUACAACCUUUCAAAGUCGGGGAGGACAUUGGUCUGUAUCUCGUCAAUUUCGAGCGCACGUGUGAGAAAGUAGGUUUCGAGCGCGAUGUCUGGCCUCAGAAACUCCUCACUCUAUUGCCCUGUGAAGCCGCGGAUGUCAUAGCUCGGCUAAGUAAAGAAGACGCCGCUGUCUAUGCCAAAGCGAAAGACGCUCUGUUAAAGAAAUACCGCUUGUCUACCGAAGCCUUUCGGCAGCGAUUUCGCACGUCUAACAAGAAGCCAGACGAAUCAUUUCCAGAGCACGCGUACAGGCUGAAGGCAAACCUGCUAGAGUGGCUUAAGAGUGCAGAGGUGCACGGCGACCACGAUAAGGUUAUCGAAUGUAUAGCUUUAGAACAGUUCUAUCGCUGCCUCCCCGAAGCGACCAUGUUUUGGGUUCAGGAUCGCAUGAAAGAGGUAGAUGUGCAAAAAGCCGCAGAACUCGCGGAGGAGUUCGCAGCCCGUCGUAAAGCGCAGACAGUGAGCACGCUGUCGUCUAAGGGUUCGCUGGAAAGCGAGAAGGAAAGCCUAGAAUCAGGAAAGGUUCAUAGGAAAAAGUUUCAUUCCGGGCGUUUCGGAAAAGGUCAGGAAACAGCUAAGCGAAACGGCAGCGAGGCACGACUGACGCCUGCUACGUCAGAAAACAGAGGCCAGUCUAACAGAGAGAAUACGAGGGUAUUCGAGUCUAGGAGACGUGACGUUUGCUACGUUUGUAACAAACCAGGCCACUAUGCGGGAAGCUGCCCGAAUAAAGUAGUGUUUUCCUACGUCAGUAGCAGCGCCGAGAACGCAAAAUUGCUCGAACCGUACCUGCGGGACAUGACUGUAAAUGACAAACCGUGCCGAGUACUACGUGAUUCUGCCGCUACGAUGGACGUUGUCCACCCAUCGUACGUAGAAAAGGAAAACUACACUGGGGAAUCUGCCUGGAUUAAGCAGGUCGUGGAAGAACACAGCGUGUGUCUUCCGUUAGCAAGAGUUACCAUUAAGGGUCCAUUCGGAACACUGGUGACAGAGGCGGCAGUAUCGAGAAACCUCCCUCAGGCGUAUCCCUACUUGUUUUCGAACAAAUCUGAACAGUUGCUAAAGGACCGUGGUCAGUGUUUUUCAGAUGAGCUUCUUUAA